AUGACACACAAGAACAAACUUCACGCUGGAGAAUCGAUUCACUCUAAUGAUCACCACCACAACAGACUUGUUAGCAAGGAUGGUCAUUUCACUGCUAUCAUCCAAGAUGAUGGUAACUUUGUAAUCUACCAUGGAUCAGUCUUUACUCCACCAAACUCUGUUUGGGCUUCUGGCACUGACAACAAGCACGGUCACCACGGACCAUACAAGGUUAUCCAACAACAAGACGGUAACCUCGUACUCUACGAUCACGACAACAAGGCCUUGUGGGCUGCCGCCACCAUGUUGGGUGAACAAGUCAAGGGACACGGUCCAUGCACCACUGUCUUGAAGAAGAAUGGUCACCUCCGUGUCAAGGAUCAUCACAAGACCCAACUCUAUGAGUCCAAGAACCGUUCUUCCCCAGAUCAUGGUCAUCAUCAUUAA